AUGGCUGCCCAACAGCGCCUUAGGAAUGUGCGGAAUUCUGACUGCGACCCUAACCUUGUGUUGUUUCUGAGUGAAUGGUUUGCCCGUACCAAUGCUUACGCUCAAUCAUUUAAAAUGAUGAGCGAAGUGGAGCAAAUGGAAAUAGCGGCAGCUCAGCGAGAAAAUCGGCAAACCAUACCGAUUCGCAUGGUAUUCGAUCACAGCAGAGAGAGGGGUUUCGCAAGAGGACAGUACGCUACUCCUACUGCGAACAAAGUGGCAGUCGUAUACGUGGGAGAAGAAAACGACGUUCCUGCAAGCAGGAGUCUUGCUGUCCAUCUUCGACAGGCUGCAGGAUCAACGUUGAUGAGCAUCAGUGACAUAGAUAAACGUUGCGAUCUUCUCACGUAUCCACUCCUCUUUCCAACCGGUAGAGGUGGAUGGGAUCCGAUCUUAGUUGAUAAUGACGGAGCUCAAAUCGCUCAAAUGAAGUAUUACGAUCACCUCUUCUCCAUUCGUGAGUCUUUCAAUCCAAUUCUGCAUGCGGGUAAACUCUUUCAACCGUUUGCUGUUAACGCUUACGUCAAGAUAGAGCAGAACAGACUAAAUUACCAAAGGGUGCGUCAGGUUGAUCUCCGUUCUGAUUCUUAUAGACGGUUACAGAAUUAUUUGGCCGGUGAAGAUAGCGAUAAACCACCAGUAGCAGAGUUAUCUUGGCGUCUUCACACAUUGGCAGUCCGAAAACCUAUGCAGCAAUAA